AUGAGUGUAGUGUGUGUGGGAAGAGUUUCAGCACUGCGCCUCAUUUGCCUCUUCGGCCGUUGCCUCGGCCUGGACACGCCAGAGAGCAGCGCUGCUCAAAAAACAAAGUUUGGCUGGAUGAGGUAUGCGCAGGCUGCACAGGUGACAGAAGACAGUCGUCUGCUGUACCUGCUCAUUAAGAUGCUCCGCAGCCGCCCACCCAGCUCUAACUUCACUUCUCCUAGCAAAGUGUCAACCUCCAUCAAGGGCCGGUACAGGAGGAUUGCGGAUCGAGUGAGAGACGACCCCGUUCUCUGUAGCCUCAGCAUCCCACUGCCCAACAUAAACAGUAAGUCCAUCUCCAGCUUCCUCCGCAGAGAGGAGAAGGUGGCCAACUACAGGGCGACGGUGCAGCCCAGAGCCAAGCCCCACCGCACCGUGCUUUCGGACCAGCGACUGCCCGAUGCUCCUGCCUUGCCUUCAUCUCUGCCACAGCCAGAAAGACCCCAAGUCCAGUACGAGGAGCACCAUCACAUUGCUGGGAAAAGGCGUGGAGAAAAGCGGAGAUUGGACUUUGAUGAUGCGAACCCAGUACCACAGCCACAAGCGCAAUCUUUAACCACUAGGCCCAUCCAGCCCAAGCCUGCCACCAGCACAUCAGCAUCUGCACUGCCAUCCGGCGUUUCAGCAGCACCAAUACUGCUGGUGGUCCCUGCACAGCCUCGGGCCCCAUCGGUCCAGUUUGCUGGGCCCUCCUGCGGUCAGUUGUUAGUGUCUGUUCUGCCCCCACCUGCACCCAAGGUCAAGCCCAUAAUGCCCAACAAGUCACACAGACCGUGUGGGGCUUGCCAAGUACCACAGUGUGGUGGCAUGCGCAAAAGAUACAUGCCAUCCAAAGACAAAGUGGGUAGGAGCAGCCAGAAACUAUUCACUUUUUGCCCCAAGACCGGCAAAUCCACCACGCCUGGUUUUGAAGAUGUCUACACCAGUUAUGAACAUUUUAAAAGUGUGGUGGACAAGGAACUGGAGAAGAGGAACACUCAACCUCUAUAA